UUUCUCCUCUCCUUCUCUCUCUUCUUCCUCUUCCUCUCCCCUUCACCGGCCUCCUCCUUCCUCCGCUUCCUCCUCACGCCCCCACCCCACCCGCUACCUCGAAAGCCCGAACCCUAAACCCACGCAGAAGCGGCGGCGGCGCGGCCUCCGCCUGUCGCAUGCCCGCUGCCUCCUAGCAGCCUGGGCCGCCGGCGAUCGCCGGAGUCGGGGAGGGCGGCGAGCUCCCGUGCGUCGGAGAGAGAUGGGGGCGGGCGGGAAGGGCUGGCCGGAGACGGCGAGCCGCGGGGUGAGGACGGCCUGGUUCAUGGUGGUCAUGGUGGCGUCGCUGCUCGUCGCGUCGGCGCCCGUCGUGGUGGCCGCCGGCGACGUGGCCGUCACGCUCUGGCUCGAAGCGCGCCUCGGCUGCCCGCGCUGCCGCGGCCUCCGGGACCACCUCCGGGGGUACGCCUUCCGGAGCUCGCUCGUGGACAUACCGCUCCUCUCCGUCCUUCGCUCCUUCGCCAUCACCUGCGUAUACCUCGUGUGUGAUACUUCUGGUCUCUCUCACGGCCCGUACCUUGGAACCACAACCUUCUGUUCCUUGGCUUCGCUGCUCAUCUUGCUCAUGAAGGCCUGCGUUUACAGUCCAGCUCAGGACAUUGGGCCUGAGCUCUCGCCGUCAUUGGCGGACCACAGGCUAAAUAUGAAGAAGCUAUGGGGAAUGCCUGCGCUUUUCCUGUCAUCCUUGAUCUUUGCUCUCGGCCAUUUUGUUGUCGCUUACAGAACGAGCUGCAGGGCUCGACGAAAGCUGCUCAUCCAUCGCAUUGACCCUGAAUCGAUUCUGGCUUACAAGAAUGCCUUUCCUGGAUGCUACAAGGUUCCUCGGUCGCCCACUCCGCACAGUGCGAAACUUUAUUCAAGGAGCGAGAGCGAGACAAAGAGAAAAACUCUUGUGCACGAUGACAGGGAUAUUCCAAUCAGUUUUCUUGCUGAUAGUGAUAGCAUGUUCACUGCUUGCCAGGGGAUCACUGUACACUACAAAAUGUCUGAUCCAUCAAGUUGCAUACCUCCAGCUCCUGAAUUGUUUCCAGAAACUAAUCAUGAUGCUGUUUCGUCAAGCAUUUCUCCUAGAAGACAGAGGCAUGAGAGCCCACCAACAGCUUCCUCGAGUACCCGUCGUCUUUUGCAUAGGAGCUUUAGUCAUCAGUACCACCAAACAUCGUUAUAUGCACCAUUGUUGGUAGAACCGCUGACCUCUCCAACGGUGUCAGAUGGCAUCCCCUUUCUCAGUCUCGACGACGACAGCUUACAGGUGUGUUCGAGACCUAUGGGCUUUGAUCUCGAGGCUGGAGAGCACGGGAAAUUUGCUGUUGUUUUGGUCCAUGGGUUUGGAGGGGGAGUAUUUGCAUGGAGACAUGUUAGUAAUUUGCUUGCUCGACAAGUGGGUUGCACUGUGCUGGCCUUUGAUCGCCCUGGAUGGGGGUUAACAUCUCGACCUCGCAGAAAGGACUGGGAAGACAAGAAUUUGCCAAACCCGUACGAGCUUGAGUCACAGGUUGAUCUUCUGAUUUCAUUUUGCUUAGACAUGGGCUUGGGCUCGGUCAUUUUAGUUGGUCAUGAUGAUGGCGGCUUGCUGGCACUGAGGACCGCAGAAAAGUUACGUGCUUCUGGAGAUUCUAGGAAGGUUGAAGUGAAGGGAGUUGUUCUUAUAGGCGUAAGCUUAUCAAGAGAAGUGAUUCCUGCAUUUGCUCGUAUACUCCUGCAUACUCCUCUGAGGAAAAAGCACAUGGUGCGCCCACUUCUACGUACUGAAAUCACUCAGGUGAUCAAUCGACGAGCAUGGUUUGAUGCUACCAAGUUGACAACAGAUGUUCUUAAUCUUUACAAGGCUCCACUAUAUGUCGAGGGCUGGGACGAAGCACUCCAUGAAGUAGGCCGUCUUUCAUUUUCCACCGUCCUAUCAUCAAAAAGAGCAACGGAACUACUAAGAUCGGUGGAAGACCUCCCUGUUUUGGUGGUAGCAGGCUCUGAGGAUGCUCUUGUUUCUCUGAAGUCAGCACAAACUAUGGCUUCAGAACUUGUAAAUUCUAGGCUAGUAACUAUAUCAGGAUGUGGUCAUCUGCCACACGAAGAAUGUGCCAAUGCAUUGCUCUCAGCUCUUUCUCCGUUCAUCUCAAAAUUGGUAUCAUCAGAUGAUUCAUUGCAAAGAUUGUAGCAUACACCUGUCCAUCUUCCCUUUUGAAUUUUGCUCUCUUCUGUGCCCUCUACAUUGAGUAGAUGACCUCUAGCUGUUGCGAGUUGGUGUGAGCCCAUGUUAGUUGCAAAGUAGUGGAGCCUGACCCAAAAUCUCAAGGGUCCUAGAGCUCCCCUAAUUUAUUUUUUGGUCAUAUGUAUUUCUGUUCCUGAUCUGUUCAAUUGAGCAAGUUGAAUCUGUACAGCCCAUGCCUGCAGUGUUCCAGUUCA